AUCCGUCAUGUCUGCUGAUUUUAAGCGCCAUUUCAUUUUGGUUUUCCUUUCGUCGAUCCUCACAUACGCCCAAUGUUCUGCUGCGUAACUACUAAAACGCUACAUCAGUGGCUUGAGUAGAUGGCAAGACGAGUAAAUCCAGAGAAAUUGGACCAGCAAAGAGUAAGUUAUUAUUAAUAAUUUAAAUAUCUAAUUCAUUGCUCUCAUUCUAGAAAUAAACGCACUGGAAGAAGAUUGGUUCCCUUCUGACAAGACAUUUAAACAGCGUCUGUUUUCAAAAGAUGAACUCCAUUUUCUGAACGUAGCUCGAGUUGGAAUGUUUACUUUGUACAACCAGUUGGAUUGCCUAUUUCAAUGUGUAAGAAAUACAUUGUGCCUUUCAAUAAACAUGGCUGCCUCCAAAGAAGCAGAUGGAAGGUUUUGGUGUGAAUUGUUGUCCUCUGAUAAGUACAGAGACGCUGAGAACUACAAAGAAAACACGAGUUCACAUCAUUUGUCUAUUCUGUCUCCUUGUUCUUCUUCACCAUGUCAAAACGGAGGAACCUGCAUCCCGAAUUAUAAAUACACUACUUGCCAAUGUCUCUGUGAACAAGGUUUCCUGGGAGAAUUUUGCGAGAAAGCUAUUACGUCCUGCAAGGAGCUCUAUGACUUAAAUAGCUCUAAUGUGAGUGAACUGGUAACCCUCCGCCUGGACUCCAAAGCAAUCUCCGUUCUCUGCCACAUGGGAGAUUUUGGAUGUGGAAAUGGAGGAUGGACACCGGUCAUGAAGAUUGACGGCACUAAGGGCACCUUUCAUUACAACAGCCCGUACUGGAGCAAUAAAAUUGAAUACAACCUCCCCGGAGGGGAGUCUGGGUUUGAUUCACGGGAGACAAAGUUAUCGACUUACUGGAACACAUCCUUCUCCAAGAUCUGCCUCGGUAUGAAGAUCGGACAACAUCUCAGGUUCACUGUCAUUAACAAGCAGGCCGACUCUCUGUACUCACUGAUCGCUGACGGUCAAUACCGUGCCAUCUCACUUGGUCGAGAAACGUGGAAAAACCUGAUUGGUUCAAUUGCCUCCUUACAGUUAAAUUGUAACAGGGAAGGAUUCAAUACUGUUGAUGUUAACCGUAUUGAUGUUUACCAUUCUGAAGCAAGAAUUGGCAUCGUUGCUAACCAGGAGAAUGAUUGUAAGACCUGUGACUCAAGGAUAGGGUUCGGUACAGGGGGAUAUUUUGAAGACGCCGUGGCGUGUGGUAAUGUGGCAUAUGUGGGAGGAGAUAAUGGAAACAGGCGUACUCCGGCCAUGGGGUACAUCCUAGUGCAGUAA